UCAGUAUAAAGAUAAUACCAAGAGUAGAUUACCUAUACUAACUAUAGUACGAUUUUUAAAUACAUGUAACACAUAACUUAUUGCUAUUUUUUGUACGUUUUGUGAAAUAUUUACAAUUAAGAAAAUGAUUUAAUAACCUCAAUUACUAAUUUCACAACACCACUAAAAGUUACGAGGAUGCAAUACCUAUGCAUAUACAUGUGUAUAUAUAUAUUGCAAUACAUAUAUGCAGAUAUGCAUGUACAUUUCUUUCUUAUUCUAUGAAUGACAUUUACUGAAGAUUUACACCUUCAAUUCUAUUGCGCUAACAGAAUCCUUAUUUAAAUCAAUAAAUACAAAUUCUCAAUAAAAAAUAGCUUACAUGCAAUGUGGUGCAAAUCAGUAGUGGUCGGUUUUUGUAGAAGUAACAGAAAGAAAAUAAUUAUGAAGAAAUAUUUAAACGUAAUAAGAAAUGGUCAGGAAAAAAAGUUAUUUCGAUAUGUUAUUGAUGUUUCUACCGUUUUGUUUAUGCGCAAUUGAAUUUGAUGGAAGUAAAUAAGUAAUAUCUUCUUAAAUUGAAAGAUACUUCUAAAAUGUUGCACGAAGUACUGCUGUCAUUGUGGGGGUGUUCAACUAAUGUUUUGGAAAUAUUGGAGACAAAUCCUGUAGAUCUUAAAAAAUAUUUGCAUCCUGGGGAACGUGCAUUACUUAAAAAAAUAUUGGACAUAGUUAAGGAGUGCAAUGUUAUUAGAAACUUUAUUCAAGAGUAUACAUUUAAUAUUACAAGAUCUAGUGAAAAAUUGCAAAACUUACCUCAAGGUCUAUAUUUACAAGCUUUGUGUGAAGGAAUGGAUCAAGCUUUAGAACCAUUUAGAGAAGAGAUUGUUGAUUUAGAGAAUGUGGUUCUUCAUGACAGUUAUACUCCGUUAUCGCUAAUUCUUUGUCGUGUUCAAAAGUAUACAGGUUUAUUUUCUGUUUUAAAUUCUAUUAUACGAGAAAUUAAUACUCAGAAAAUUCAUGGUUGUAAACUAUUACAAUGUUUACAUCAGAAUAUGCAUACUGGUAUUCCUGAAGUAAAAUCAGCCUUGGAGAAAAUGUCCCUUUGUAUACAUACUGUUUUGUAUAAACAAUUAACAAGUUGGCUUUUAUAUGGUCAUUUAGAAGAUAUGCACAAUGAGUUUUUCAUUCAAAAAAUAUCAGAGGGACAAAAUAGUUUAAUAUUAGCAGAUAAUGAACAUAAUGCUGCGGAGACAAAAAGUAUAAAAUUCAAUUCAGAUAUGUGGGAUUACAUUGUUCAAAUGGAUAUGCUUCCCUCUUAUAUUAGACCAUCAUUAGCAACUAAAAUUUUGACUAUAGGACAAACCAUUAUAAUGUUUGGAAAUGAUCCAAGACAAAAAAAAGAUUUUGCAACGGACGAUCAAAAUGAAAUUUCUAUAUGGGGGGAUAAAAAAUACGAGUAUUUUCUUAAAAUUCAAAAUCUUCAGAAGGACCCUAUUUUUAAUAUUGUCGCAUUUGAACGUACAAUCGAUGAAUUAAAGCAAUGCGUGACAGAAUUGUUAUGGCGAGUUGCUGUUGAAGAAUCUCAACUAGUACAUCAGCUUAAAUUAGUAAAAGACUUUUUCCUUAUGGGCCGCGGUGAUUUGUUUCUUGAAUUUAUUAGGCUCACUGCACAUAUAUUAAAUAAACCACCAACAAAUCAUACAUCUAGAGAUAUUAACUUGGCUUUCCAAAUUGCAUUAAGGAAUAUGCAUUUGAACGAUGAAACUGCGAUGGAGAGUUUUAAUUUUUUAGUACCGAUUCCAACAGAAGAUAGCGAUGAUACAGAAGCAGAAGGCACAGAGAUUACUGAUAAGGAACGCGAAGAUCCUAUUGAAAAACGUGGAUGGGGUAUGAUCAUACUGAAGUACAAAGUUAUAUGGCCAUUGCACUUGUUAUUUAGUCCAUCGGCUUUGAUCGAUUAUAAUACAUUGUUUCGAUUUUUAUUGAGAGUAAAAAAGACACAAAUCGAUCUGUGGAAUUUGUGGAGCGAGCACAUGUACUACAAAAACAUUGACAUUGGUGUAAUACAAUUAAGAAAUAACUUAAUAUUUAUUAUUGAUAAUUUGCAAUAUUAUUUGCAAGUUGAUGUAUUAGAAAGUCAAUAUACUAUAAUGGAAGCAAAUAUGAAAAAUACUCGAAAUUUUGAAGAUGUGCAAAAAGCACAUUCCAUUUUUCUAGCAAACGUUAUGUCUCAGACAUUUUUAUUGGGAAAUACAACAGAACGAAAAAAUCCUGUAAAUAAAUUGAUAAAACUUUUAUUACGACUUUGCGACGAUUUUAUUUUACAAGCAUCGAUGUGGGAAGUAGGUAACUUACUUUUAACGGAGAAAGAAGAACUUAAAACAUUGUCCGACACCCUUGGAAGUUUAAUGAGCUGGCUAACUAAAACACUAAAUAGAGUACGUGCUCAACCUAGUGGAGAACAUUUAGCACAAUUAUUAUUACGAUUGGACUUUAACAGAUGGUUCAGCAAAAAAAUAUAAAUGAAAUGUGUUAUUUUGAAUAUUCAAUAACUUCCAAAUAAUUAACAUGAAAGUAUAAUGCAUUUAUAUAGUAAUAUUUUGUUUCAAAAUCCAUGUUUCCCAUUCAGAUGUAUUCCUGAAAUGUAUUUGACAUUUAUUACUUUGUAUCAUUCAAAAUAUAAUUACAUACAGUUUGUAACU